GCCAAGUGCCAUCCGCCAUGUGAUACGUUCUGGUGUGUUCGUUGAUGACAUGGACUCUGUUUGUGCCUUCUUCCGUUACGCCGCUACGCAGAGCCAAAUCCAGGAUCCCACCGUAACCGUCUUUUUCCUAGAGAAGGAUUUGCACCCUGGCGCCAAUAUGACGUUCCACUUCACCCGAACCACCACCGGCGCCACCCUUCUUCCACGCGAACUCGCCGACUCCAUCCCCUUCUCCUCCGCGAAGCUCCCGGAGAUCCUUUCCCGCCUCUCCAUCGCGCCCGACUCCGUCCAAGCCGAGACCAUGAAGAAGAUCCUUCUGGAGUGCGAGGAGCCGGCGAUUGACGGAGAGAUCAGAUACUGCGCCACCUCGGUCGAGUCCAUGGUGGAUUUCAGCACGUCCUGCCUUGGGACUCGUAACGUCGAAGCCCUGUCGACGACGGUCGACAGGAAGGCUCCACCGAAACAAGUCUACACCAUAUCUAAAGUGCAGAAGCUUCCUACCUCUAAGUUGGUGGUUUGCCACAGUGAGAAUUAUGCAUACGCUGUGUUCCACUGCCACACGGCGUGCGCGAAGGCGUACAAGGUGUCGAUGGUCGGGAAGGAUGGGACCAAGGUGGCGGUGGCCGCAUGCCACACCGACACGGCCGGAUUCAGCCCCGAGCACGUCGCCUUCAAGGUGCUCAACGUCAAGCCCGGUACGGUGCCCAUCUGCCAGUUCCAACCCCAGAACGACAUUGUUUGGAGUCCCAACACAUUGAGCAUCUCGCCGUUGGAAAUGGUCGUGUGAUCGCCUCUAAUUAAAAUGCUUCUAUAAAAGACUUGCUUGGCUAGGUUGUCCUAUUAUACAUACAUAUAUAUAGUUUCCUUGUCCGCUAGCGACUAUUAGAUGUUGUAUGUGGUGAUGUAUCUGUAUUCCUCUGCAUAAAUAAGAGUGUGAUUUUCUUCUGAAGUGUGUUAA